UAUAGUCUCAGUGAAUUUUGAGAAGACAAUAUGAAAUUAUUCAUCCUUGCCGCUUUGGUCGCGUGCGCCAGCGCCGCCAGUGUCCCUAACACAGUGUCAGUUGUCCGCAGCAUCAGCCAAAGCGAACCUGAUGGUACAUUCCAAUACUCAUAUGAGCUUGACAAUGGAAUCACCAGCAACGCCGAAGGAAAACUGAAAGUUUUGGGCCAGGACGAGGUAGCUCUUGAGGUUGCAGGAUCCAACUCAUACAUCUCACCAGAAGGCGAAAAGAUUGAGACUACAUACAUCGCCGACGAAAAUGGAUAUCAUCCACAGGGCUCGCAUUUACCCGUAGCCCCAGAACCUCUCCCAAUCCCAGACUACAUCGUUCGCGCCAUCGAAUACAUCAAGGCGCACCCAGCUCCAGUCGAGAAGAAACUCUAAGCUAACACCAACUGACUUAUACGCCUAACAACCAGGAAGCCGAUAAAACAAUUUCUUACUAUAAGAAUGCUAUUGUCAUCUUUGUAUGCUGUUAUGUUACUGUUAAAUGUUUUUACUGUGGCCGCGGAUUUUAGGUUAUUUUAUAUCAAUUGUUUACACUGAGCGAGACACGGACAUUCUUAGAACUAUAUUAAUGUUGUACGCAACAACGUUUUGUAAGCUUUAAAAGUAAGCGUUAAUAUGAGCUCUAAGAUGUUAUUUUUAAUUCUUGUAGUUUGAAACGUUUUUCAAUAAAA